CCUGGCUGCGCGUGACGCCCACGAGAGGAAAGCUCCUUUGUAGGGCGCGCGAGGAAAGGAGAUUAGAAAAGUCCAGUGCGACGGUGACUUGGAUGUUAAAACGCUAUUUGUCUCCGUCCACUCAGGGGGAUACAGUUCACCAUCUCUCCAGGUGAGCGCCACUCAGUAUUUAUUUAUUUUUUUAGAAAGAGAAGGGCGUAAAGUAAAGUAAUGGACCGGGAAGGAGAAUUAAAAAUAAGAUAGCGCCGUUCGUGUGGAGCGCGAGACGGGAAGAAGAGAAGAAUUUGCCGGGACGGACAGAGGGACAGGAUGGGGCUAGAUCUCAGCACACUCCGGACCCUCAUCAGCAGAUAUUGUGUGGGUGAGGAGAACUGGGUGGACAGCAGGACAAUCUACAUUGGACACAAGGAGCCUCCUCCAGGGGCCGAAGCCUUCAUUCAACAAAGAUUCCCAGACAACCGCAUAGUGUCCUCAAAGUACACAUUUUGGAACUUCAUCCCCAAGAACAUGUUUGAGCAGUUCAGGAGAGUUGCCAACUUCUAUUUUCUCAUCAUAUUUUUGGUUCAGUUGAUCAUUGACACACCCACCAGUCCAAUCACGAGUGGACUGCCGCUUUUUUUUGUCAUCACCGUGACGGCAAUCAAACAGGGUUACGAGGACUGGCUGAGACACAAAGCCGACAACUCCGUCAACCAGUGUUCCGUCCACGUGCUGCAAAACGGCAAAGUGAUCCGCAAGCAGAGUCGCAAACUACGGGUGGGAGACGUAGUCUUUGUGAAAGAAGAUGAAUCAUUUCCCUGCGAUCUCAUCCUCUUGUCUACGUCCCGGGAUGACGGAACCUGCUUUGUCACCACGGCGAGUCUUGAUGGCGAGAGCAGUCACAAGACAUACUAUGCAGUGCAGGACACCAAAGCUUACAAUGCUGAGAAGGAGGUGGACUCAAUCCACGCUACCAUCGAAUGUGAACAACCACAGCCAGAUCUGUACAAGUUUGUCGGUCGCAUCAACAUUUAUAUGCACAAUGAGCCAGUGGCGAGGCCACUAGGAUCCGAGAACCUGCUUCUCAGAGGAGCCACACUGAAGAACACUGAGUACAUUUAUGCAGUUGUCAUCUACACCGGGAUGGAAACAAAGAUGGCUCUCAACUACCAGUCCAAGUCUCAGAAACGCUCUGCAGUAGAAAAGUCAUUGAACGCCUAUUUGGUGGUCUACUUAUGCAUUCUCAUCAUCAAGGCCAUUAUCAACACGGUGCUCAAAUACGCGUGGCAGGCUGACCCGAUCAGAGACGAGCCCUGGUACGAUCAAAGAACUGAGGUCGAGAGGCAGAGGAAUAUUGUGAUAAGAGCCUUCACAGACUUCCUGGCUUUCAUGGUCCUAUUCAACUACAUCAUCCCUGUUUCCAUGUACGUCACUGUGGAGAUGCAGAAGUUCCUGGGCUCCUAUUUCAUUAUGUGGGAUGAUGAGAUGUUUGACCAGGAGCUCGGGGAGAGAGCAGUAGUCAACACAUCAGACCUGAAUGAAGAGCUGGGACAGGUGGAGUACGUGUUUACUGAUAAGACAGGGACGCUGACGGAAAACAACAUGGAGUUCAUCGAGUGCUGUGUGGAUGGACACGUUUAUGUCGCCCAAGCUAUUUGCAAUGGACAGGUGAUGCCCGGUGCAGAUAGCAUGGACAUGAUUGACACAUCACCAGGUCCUGAGGCCAGGGAGCGCGAGGAGUUGUUUUUCCGUGCGCUGUGCUUAUGCCACACUGUGCAAGUGAAAGAGGAGGAGACGGUAGACGGCAUCAAGCAGGGCAUCCAUCACGGCAAGUCCACUUCCUUCUACAUCUCAUCAUCCCCGGAUGAGGUGGCGCUUGUGGAGGGCAUGAAGAGGCUCGGCUUCACGUAUCUGAGACUCAAAGACAGUCACAUGGAGAUCUUGAACAGAGAGGAGGAGAUUGAGAGGUUUGAACUCCUGGAAGUUCUGACCUUUGACUCGGUCAGACGGAGGAUGAGCGUCAUUGUCAAGGCCAGCACCGGUGAGCUGUACCUGUUCUGCAAAGGAGCAGACUCGUCUAUCUUCCCAAGGGUCGUAUCAGGCAAGGUGGAUCAAGUCAAAGCUCGGGUGGAGCACAAUGCGGUGGAGGGUCUUAGGACACUCUGUGUGGCAUAUCGGCCUCUCAGUCCAGCGCAGUACCAGGAGGUGUGCCAACUGCUGAGUCGAGCCAAGUUGGCACUACAGGACAGGGACAAACGGCUGGCGGAGGCCUACGACAUUAUUGAGAAAGACCUCAUCCUGCUAGGAGCCACCGCUGUGGAAGACAGACUGCAAGAAAAAGCGGCGGACACCAUCGAGUCUCUGCACAAGGCUGGUAUGAAGGUGUGGGUGCUGACGGGUGACAAGAUGGAGACGGCAGCCGCCACUUGCUACGCCAGCAAGCUUUUCCACCGCAACACGCAGAUCCUGGAGCUGACCACCAAGCGCACAGAGGAGCAAAGUCUUCACGAUGUCCUCUUUGAUCUGAGCAGAACUGUCCUCAGGCAGCACGGUGGCAUGAGCAGGGACAUUUCUGGUUUAUCAGGUGACUGCAUGGACUACGGCCUCAUCAUCGACGGAGCCACCCUCUCGACAGUGAUGAAGCCAGGCCAGGAGGACUCCAACUCGGGGAACUACAAAGAAAUCUUCCUGGAAAUUUGCCGCAACUGCAGUGCCGUACUCUGCUGUCGGAUGGCACCGCUCCAGAAAGCACAGAUUGUGAAGCUGAUCAAGACCUCCAAGGAGCAUCCAAUCACACUUGCUGUCGGAGAUGGAGCCAAUGAUGUCAGCAUGAUCCUUGAAGCUCAUGUUGGCAUAGGUAUCAUGGGUAAAGAGGGACGUCAGGCAGUGAGGAACAGCGACUAUGCCAUCCCCAAAUUCAAACACCUGAAGAAGAUUCUGCUGGUCCAUGGACACUAUUACUACAUCCGCAUCUCUGAACUUGUACAGUACUUCUUUUACAAGAAUGUCUGCUUCAUCUUUCCGCAGUUCCUGUACCAGUUCUUCUGUGGUUUCUCACAACAGCCACUGUAUGACACCGCCUACUUGACUCUGUACAACAUUAGCUUCACUUCGCUGCCCAUUCUGGUCUACAGUCUCGUCGAGCAGCACAUCAACAUGCACAUCCUGAAGAAGGACCCAUCUCUGUACAGAGACAUUGCCAAGAACUCGUUACUGCGGUGGCCCAUCUUCAUCUACUGGACUGUCUUAGGUGUAUAUGACGCCAUUGUGAUGUUCUUUGGUGCUUACUUCCUGUUUGACAACACCACCUUUACCAGCAAUGGACAGCUAAUGACAACCAACACACAGAUGAUGUUUGGAAACUGGACCUUUGGGACACUGGUGUUUACAGUGCUGGUCUUCACUGUUACAUUCAAGUUGGCCCUGGAUACACAUUACUGGACCUGGAUCAACCACUUUGUAAUAUGGGGCUCGCUUAUCUUCUUUGUGGUCUUCUCUCUGCUGUGGGGAGGAAUCCUCUGGCCUUUCCUCAACUACCAAAGGAUGUACUAUGUAUUCAUGCAGAUGUUGUCUAGCGGCCCCGCCUGGCUUAGCAUAGUACUGCUAAUUACAGCCAGUCUUCUACCGGAUGUGCUUAAGAAGGUCAUUUGGAGGUCACUAUGGCCCACCACAACUGAACGUAUACAGAAUGCUGAUAAACUAUACAAGGGACAGCUUUCGGAGUUCACCCCCCUGUCGUCUAUCCAUGCCGCUCCCAAUGCUGACAGGCGCGGUCAAAGUUCUGGCAGCCACAGGAACAUGCCUCACCCUACAAGGUCUGAACCUUUCACCAAGAAAGCCAUGUUGACGCGCUGGCACAGACCACCAGAUUAUUGCACCUUCACGCCCCUGCUGGGCUACACUGAUGUCAACCGCUCCUCAAAGCUGGGCCACACCUUCAAUGGGGCUGGUCCGGAGACCUCGGUCUAAUUUAUCAGUCAGCAGAGCUAAUGGAUUUCUCUUCAAAUGGACCAUAAGCUUCAAAGUUAAGCCAAUUUAUCGCUGGAAUAAAAGAACAUGAAUAGCAGAUAUGCUUAACCCAAGUGCAAAGGGUGAAAGUGACCUUCAUGACUCAAAUCAGGAGCCAAGCAUGACACAAAGUGUUGCGGGAUGGCUCUGAAGAGGACUACUACAUUCCGACAAGGGCUCAAGAUUAAUAUCACUGCGUAGUAGCUCUUUAAUCCUGAAGUGCAAUUGGAUUGUCGGGAUGUUUUUGUAUUCUGACCAUUGUCAUCUAUGCAGAGUGAAAUUGUACCUCUAUGGACUGAGCAAACAUCUCCUUUUCCUUUCCUUUCCUUUCUCACAGGACAAACUGGUCCUGCCUGCGUGCAAACACGUUGUCCACGUUGUAGGACACACUGCAACAGUGUAAGAAAGGUGUCUCAAGAGGGCAGAGGCCUACGUGUUGACACUCGUAGGCUUCUCCGUGUUCCUAGUCUAGCUAGCGUCUAGCAUAUAGACAUUAGAGUAUGUCUUGUGUUUUGCCCCAUGUACAAUCUAUUGUAUCAUACUAGCAUGUCAGCACUUGACCUGGCUGUCACCCUUUAGUUGUGCCCCCUUUUUCCGAUGCAAUCUCCCGCUAGCAGUGGUAGUUGCGCGACUCUAUGCUAGCUGCUUGGUUGCUUACGAAUCGCAGUAUUGCUCAUAUUAACCGUAGGUGACAUUGUGGAGGCUGUCAAUAUAUUCCUGUGAUGGUGAAAGAGAAAAGUCCUUUUCAGACAGCUAACCGUAAACUAGCGAUGGGGAAAAUGAAGCUUCAUGUUGUAUUCUUUGGCUCCUCUAGAUGGCAAUGUUGGUUUAAAGUGAGGGUUUUAAGAAAUGGCAAGUUCAGCUCUUUGGUGAACAGUGAGUGCCAUCUAGAGGUCUAAGUAAACACAACAGCGGAUUCAUGAAUCAUCUUGAAGCUUCAUUUGCCCAUCAUUACCGUAAAGCCCGUGUAUAAAAGAUCCCUAUGUAUUCAAUUGCCACGCGCCGGUCUCAACUCUUCUCUUCCUUCCUUCACACUCUCCUCCAGUCGUUGUCUCUGGCAAUGACGCUGAAGGCCACCUGACCACCAGCUUGACUUUGCCCAGUUGUCAUCUUCACGCGUCGCUGCCGCUCCAGGACGCCAAUAGAAAGUAGUAGGAGAAAUGUUGCUCGCAAUUGGGUGUCUCUGAAACAAAGCCUUGUCGCUGCUUGGGAUCUGUGUAGCUGCUUCCUGUUAGGUGCCUUGUGUAGCUGAGUGUGUGGCCAGCAGAUGAAUGUAAACGCAUUUCACUCCCAACAUCAAUCCAAAAAAAGACUGCACAAAACGUUUGACCACUUGUUUAUGAUUACAUUAUUUGUAGGUUGUUGUUUUUUUAUGUUUUAUACGCUGCACAUGCAGGAAGACCAAUGUUAUUUAAAUGCAGUCGACCAAUGUUACAAACUGUGACUUUCUUUGGAACUCAUCUUACAUGAGCAUCGCUAUUUGGACUUGUGUUGCUGUUAGCUUCUGACAUAAACACCUCAUCUACAUUUGCAUUUUCUCAUGUACCUCGAGUUAGGCUGUGGUGGUACUUCAAACUGUUUUACUAUCUGACGACAGUAUUGAUUUGACACAAAUAAAGCCAAUUGGGAUGGAUAAACCACUUGA